UGGCGGUGGUGACGGUGGAGGAGGAGACGGAGGAGGUUGCGGAGGUGGUGGAGGUGGAGGCUGCGGUGGAUGCGGCGGAGGCUGUGGUGGAUGUGGUGCCGGUGGUGGUGGUGGAGCCGCUGGAGGAGGAGAUGGAGACGAGGAGGAGGAGAUGGUGGUGGCGGUGGAUGCGGGACAGCUGGUGGGGGUGCUGGCGGGAAAAGUGGCAUGGGAGGAGGCGGACAUGGUUAUGGGCAUUGGGGCGGUGGUGGUUAUGGAUACGGCCACGGAUACGGAGGAGGAGGUGGUGGUGGUGGUGGUGGAGGCGGAAGCGCAGGAGGAGGCGGUGGUGGUGGAGGAGGAGGAGGAAGCGGUGGAGGUAGUUCCUCAGACAGCGGGAAGGGUGGUGGUGGAGGUGGAGGCGGCGGAGGAGGUGGAGGUGGUGGCGGUGGAUCUGCCGCUGCUGGUGGUGGCGGAGGAGGUGGUGGUGGAGGAGGAACAGGUGGCGGUGCAUGGCACGCUCCCGCUCCUUCUGGUGGACACACAGUCAGUACUGUACAUGUUCCUCAACUCCAUCCGGUGCCCAUACCAAAACCAGAACCCUACCCUGUCCCUAUUCCUGUUCCUCAAGCACCUAAGAUACACUACGUCGAGAAACCAAUUUACGUCCCUGUUCCUGCAGCUGGUGGUGGAAGUGGAAAUGGAGGCGGUAGUGGUGGAGGAGACGGUGGCGAUGCAGCAGGAGGAGGAGGAGGAGGAGGUGGUGGCGGCGGCGGAGGAGGUGGUGGAGGAGAUGGAGAUGGCGGAGAUGGAGAUGGAGCUGGAGGUGGUGGUGGAGGAGGAGGAGGAGGCGGUGGUGGAGGAAGAGGCGGCAGUGCUGCAGGAGGUGGAAAUGGUGGAGGCAACGGUGGAGGCGCCGGCGGUGGAGCUGGAGGAGGAGGAGGUGGUGGAGGUAGGGGAGGCGGCGGCAGUGCUGCAGGAGGUGGAAAUGGUGGAGGCAACGGUGGAGGCGCCGGCGGUGGAGCUGGAGGAGGAGGAGGUGGUGGAGGUAGGGGAGGCGGCGGCAGUGCUGCAGGAGGUGGAAAUGGUGGAGGUAACGGUGGCGGCGCCGGCGGCGGAGCUGGAGGAGGAGGUGGUGGAGGUAGAGGAGGCGGCGGCAGUGCUGCAGGAGGUGGAAAUGGUGGAGGUGAUGGUGGUGGAGCUGGUGGAGAUGGAGACGGAGCCGGUGGGGAAAGCGCUCCUGGAGCUGGAGGAAAUGGUGACGGAGGCAACGGUAAUGGCGGUGGUGGUGGAGAUGGCAAUGGAGGUGGUGGGUGUGGUACUGGCUGUCAGUGAGCUA